AUGGAUUUUUCGCCAGUAGCCAUUAAAGAAGCAAAUACUCACAUUCAAGGAUUAAUGAAACGCAUUCACGAGCUUGAGGAACAAGUGAAAGAAUUAUCGGGGGCUCUGAAGAAGCAAAACGAAGCACACGCCGAGAAUUUAAAGGUCCUUCCUCUUCGAAUGCAUCAAACUUUGAGACAGAAAGAUGAAGAAAUAACAGAACUGAAAGAAAAACUCAAAUCAUCUGAGAGUGAAAUCAAGAGGCUUGUCCAAGAAGCGAGCGAAAAGGAGCAACUGUUUCAAUACUUAAAGAAUCGCUCAAGAGUUCUGGACGAAAUUUUGAAACAUCGAGACGCCUUCGAGAGUGUUUUAACAUGUCUAAGUAUCUUAGAAGAUUCUGACUAUUGUACCACGCCUAAUGAAGGAAAGGUUUCCCUAAAUGGCGCCCCCAGAGAAACUGAUUUGUUGGACAGCGAGGAUGAAGACAUAAAUGGCAAUACAAAUUCACCAGUCAAAAGAGCUGACAGUGGAUAUGAACCAGGAGCUAGUACUAGCUCGUCGUCGCUUGAUAUAGGAAAUGGUGGAGCAAAUGGAAAAGGUGCGUUUAAACAGGAAAAUCCAUUUGGUGAUGUGUUUCUACCGCAAGGAGAAGAGCCACCGCCUUGUUUUGUCUAA